AUGCUUGCUCCUGAGUUUAACAUCACGCAUCCUUCAAUAUAUCGGACGUCGACGGCAAAUCCUUUCGUUUUGAUUGGAUUAGUUAGUGAAUCAAUACCACAUUGGUUCCGAAGAUAUGCAAAAAUUCGUCCAAACUAUUCUUUCCCAUCAUCGAUGAUUGAAGAUUUUCAAAAAAUUCGGGUAUCUAAUAAGGAAUUAUACACUGUAAUUGGUCUUGCAUUUAUUUUUACAAUGCUAAGAUAUUAUCUUCAAAUUAGACUUCAGUCCUGGACCGUGACGCACAAUAUUUAUCCGCGGUUCGCGCACAAAGUGCCCGAAUCGUUCUGGAAACUUGUCUAUUAUGGAAGUGUUUGGCUGUUUGCUCUCUACUUCCAUAUGUGCGUCGAAACUCAUAACAUUUUCGAAGAUCCGCUGUCAAUGUGGGUUGAAUGGGAGUCCGGAAAUAAGCCAAAAAUGCACUGGAUGGUCCAAGUGCUCUAUGCAGUUCAAUCAGCAUUCUAUAUACAUUCCAUAUAUGCGACAUUGUUUAUGGAUUUGUGGAGAAAAGACUCGUGGCUCAUGUUUGUGCACCAUUUCGUCGCUCUUGGCCUCCUUUUCUUGUCAUAUGUUGAUAAUUUCACUCUAGCCGGCGUUUUGGUGCUUUUCCUUCAUGACAAUUCGGAUGCGACAUUGGAGAUCACGAAGCUCUCGUUCUACCUCAAGAAGCGUACAAACGGCGCCUACUACAAAAAUUAUUUUCUCGUUGGAAAUGCCGCAUUCAUUCUUUUCGCUAUUAUAUGGGUGAUAUUCCGACUCUACUGGUACACUUGUAAACUACUCUAUGCGACGAUUUACGGCGCCGUUUAUCUUGGUCCGCAGGAUGCUCCAUUCUUCCCGCUUCUUGGCAUCAUGCUGCUCAUCAUCUUCGGCAUGAACGUCUACUGGUUUAACUUUAUUGCCCGCAUGAUUUGGCGUGUUGCUUUAACCGGCGAAGAUCCAGAAGAUAAUCGCGAAUGGGAUACGACAGCCGUCAGCGGUCUCAACCAGCAGAAGCUCGACGAGCUCGCCAAAGAGAAGUGCGCGCUCAAGCCGAAAAUCGUGUGA